GAUUUGUGUGGUUUAAUCGUGUCGAUUUAAUUGAAGAAACCGUGCAAUAUUAUGGAUUCCUCAUCUGAAUCACAAGAAUUACAACAAAAGUUGAAAAAUCUUAAAAAGCAUAUUGAUUCUAUAACAAGACAAAUUACCGAGUUGAACAAUGAACGACAAGAGCUUCAAGCAGAAUAUGAUAAGUUGAAAUCCCAACUGCAAACAGUUCGUGUUCAAGAGAUUUCAAGAGAUUGUCAAAGUGCAUCGUCUGAAUAUGCUUCAACAACAGCUACACCCAAGAUAUUCCCUUGGACAGAUGAAGUGAAUCGUGUGAAGAAAGAAAUUUUUGGCAUUUCUGAAUUUCGUCCGCUACAAAUUACAGCUAUCAAUGCUUUAUUAGAUGGUCGUGAUGUUAUCUUAGUCAUGCCUACAGGUGCUGGAAAAAGUUUAGUCUACCAAUUACCGGCACUACUUAAUCUCGAUGCAUUUAAAGUGGAUGGACGAUGUUUUGGUUCAGUUACACUGGUGAUUAGUCCACUAGUCUCUUUAAUGGUAGAUCAAUCGAUCAAUUUAACAAAAUAUGGUCUUGCAUCAGAUACCAUCGCUGUUUUGGAUGCAAGUACACCAUUGCCAGAACAACGUAGAAUUCUUUCAUUGCUUGCAGAGAAACCGACCAAUAAAAAAGAGAUCUCGUCUACAUCGAAUCUACGUCUACUCUAUGUAACACCAGAGAAGUUAGCUAAAAGUAAACUGUUGUUGAAUCGUUUAGAGUUGGCUUAUACCACACAUCGGCUGGCGUGUAUUGCAAUCGAUGAAGUUCAUUGUGCUAGUCAAUGGGGUCAUGAUUUUCGACCAGAUUAUAAAUUUCUACAUGUUCUACGUCGACAAUUUCCCAGUGUACCAAUCAUUGGAUUGACAGCGACUGCAUCAGCUCAAGUUAUUGUAGAUGUACAGAAUAUGCUGGGUAUUAAUAGCGAUAAGUGUUUAGUCCUGAGAACUAGUUAUAAUCGAGAAAAUCUGAAUUAUUACGUAGAAACAGUGAGUGGAUCAACCAAAUCAACUGUUAGUUACUUGUAUGAAUUAAUCAGUAAGAAGUAUUCGAACAAAUCAGGUAUCGUAUACUGUUUCUCUCAAAAAGACACUGAAGAUGUUUCUUCAGAGUUAAAGAAUCUCGGUUUAAAAUCAGCGCCAUAUCAUGCUAAUUUAGAUUUUAAUUAUCGGUCAAAAGUUCACUCUGACUGGGUUCAAGGACGAAUUCAUGUGAUUGUCGCGACUGUGGCAUUCGGUAUGGGUAUUGAUAAAUCUGAUGUCCGUUUUGUUAUCCACUAUUCAACCAGUAAAAGUCUGGAGAAUUAUUAUCAAGAAUCUGGUAGAGCUGGACGUGAUUCACAACCAGCUGAUUGUAUUUUAAUGUGGAGAUAUGCAGAUCUGUUUCGAUUGGCCAGUAUGGUAUCAAGUGAACGUACGGGGAUGGAAAAGCUAUUUCAAAUGAUUGAAUAUUGUAUUAAUCCGGAUAAAUGUCGACGUUACUUGCUCUCAAAGCAUCUUGGUGAUACAUCAUGGUCUGCUGAUGAUUGUAAAAAUGCAUGUGAUAAUUGUCAACGGAGGAGUGCAGAGAAUUCAGAUAAAUCCUACCAUCUUGUACAAUUAAAAAUCACUGAAUUAUUGGAGGCAACAAAAGAACUACUAUACAAUCAGAGUUUAACAAAACAAGAAAGAAUCACAGGUUUAAAGCUAGUUGAUUUAAUGACGAAUAAUAAUAAGAAAAUACAUUCAAUCAGUGAAAAAUUAUUAAAUAAUGCUGUUACUACUAUUACUACUGUUAGUAGUAAUAAAGUAGUGGUAGUUAAACCGGAACGUGAAUUCUACGAGCAUUUCAUUUCAUGGUGUUUAAUUAAACAAUAUUUAAAAUUAGAUUUCCACUUUACACCCUAUUCAACAGUUUGUUAUGUUGUUGUCAAUGAUGACCACGUCACAGAAGGUGGUGGUGAUGAUGGGGAUGAUGAUGAUGACGCGACAGUAAUGCCAUAUUUAUUAUCACUAGCAGGGGAGAAACAAGUCGUCGAGAAAUGUCAUGUGUCGCCAGCGCCGGCGCCGCCGCCAGAGAAACGACAACGAAUAGAUUUAACAGACAGUGAUUGACCUCUUCAGCUGAUAUUUGUUUUGAUUGUUUGGUUUCUGCAACUUUGUUUGUGAUUGGUUGGUUCUGUUGUCUUGUUUAUUGCUUAUAUCAUAACCUAUUUUGUGCAUUUCAUUAUAUAAAUUUUUCAGUAUAUAAUAUAAUAUACGCUGUGAUAAAACCUCUCCU